ACACUUGAGUAUUAUAACUUAAAUCACAUUCUACAUCCAGUUUAUGCCGUUUACAUAUACACUAGACUUUCUGACUCGCUGCUAUUAACCCUUAACACACCAUAUUCACUUUACCUUGUAACUUUAAAUGUGCUUGUAAAGAUUCCUAUUGUUUACUUUUAUGUCUGUUUUUAGACUUAUUUUUUUCUUUAUGUUGCUUCAACAUCUGCAUUUCCCACUGGGGAUUGAUAAAGGCUUAUAAUAUCUUUUUAUAUCUUUUUUUUUUGUCCAUAAAGUUGCUUUGUCUCUAUUUUUUCGAAGAAAUAUUUGUUUUAUUUUGAAAGAAAAGACUGCAUAUUUCCGGGAAUGUGCUGCCUGUCCUUGGCAGCUUGACGCAUCUUUCAGAAGGAGUUGCACAACAUGCCACUCAUCCAUUCAGCUGACUGUCUGCUUGUCCUUUUCAUGCGACAGACUCAUGUGAGCUGAGACAGAAAGACACUAGGCGAUUAGUUUCAUUACAAAAAUCAACCAAUUUAACCCCAAAACACCACAUAAGAAUAAAGACUAUUUAGUAAUGGCCUACCGAUCCAGAACUGUUAGAUAACUGCAACAAUACAAACUGUCAUCCAUAUAUAGAUUCACAACUUGGGACAGAAAUAACUUAGACAGUCAUCUUUACAAUCCCUAACUAUAGUUCAUGGAUUCUGCCCUACAAAGUCUAACUGUGUAACAUGUAAAAAGUAAAACUGAGAAGAACUGCUUUAAAGGGUUUUCUAAAAACGUUUCUUAACUGGCCAGCCCAUGUGUUAUAGUUUCCACGGUGUCUGCUGAAGUACAGAGAGAGAAAAUAAACCUUCAAGACAUCUGUAUCAAUCGUGGCCAUUCAUUUCGUUGGACCAGUGGGAGUUACAUCACUUUCUACUUCUAUAAAAACAAGUCCUGCUGUACAUCACAUGACCAAAUAUUCACUGAUGGAAGACAUUGAUGUAGAGUUAUGCAAACCGCUAAAGCAGCAGUACAGGGGGAAGAGUGUCCACCAGGAAAGUCUCAGGCCAUGCCCUCUCUAAUGUCAGCUCACUCUGCAUGUCUCCAUUACAAAAAAGCCCCAGAGGGAUUUAGAGACUCUGGAGGUGACGUAUGGUUUUUGAUCGAUGCGUAAUCGCUUAGCAACAGUUUCCAUAGAAAUGUAUAUAUUGUCAUGAACCGGCAUGAUCAUGGAUCAUGACAAAACCAGGGAGACCACACAUGUAUUCAAGUUAUAAGGAAAUAAUGUUUAUUUAAUUAAUUGAAAACAAAAAUAAACUUAAUAAUGUGAAUCAGUAUAUCAGUGGUGAGGUGUAUGUAUGCGUGUGAUGUGGUGAAAUGCAGGUGUAUAAGCUGAAGGUAACAAACAGACUAAACCAAACCAAACCAACUAAACCAAACCAACUAGACCAGACCGACUAGACCAGACCGACUAGACCAGACCGACUAAACCAGACCGACUAAACCAGACCGACUAAACCAGACCGACUAGACCAGACCGACCAGACCAGACCAACGAGACCAGACCAACUGGAUCAGGGGUCGGCAACCUGAGGCUCCGGAGCCACAUGUGGCUCUUCAGGCCACUUGCAGUGUCUCCAAAGCAAUUUAUAUUCCUAAAUUGUAAAAUGUGUCACUUAUAUAGCUGCAUCUCAAGUAGUUCAAGUCAAACAGCCCCAACCAAGUAUUAAGUCAUAUAGAUGACAUACUUUUCAGAGGCCAACAUUUUCAUAUUAAACAUACUUUUUAAAAUGUAUCUUUUGUAAUAUUCAAAAUUGUAAAUAUGUAAGCCAUAAUCAUGAUUAGAAGAAAUUAAAUAAAUUAAGACAUGAAAUGUUCCAUUCUGAGUGUAAUGGAUCUAUAUAAUGUGUUAUUUCCACUCUUUGAAUUGAAUUACUGACACAUAAACUUUUCUAAGAUAUUCUAAUUUUUGGAGAUGCACCUGUAUAUGACAUUAUAAAAAGUUUUUAAAUUUAAAAAUUUAAACUAAAAUGCUUAUGAAAGUCUACGGCUCAGCGCCUUAAACUCUAAAUAUUGUCAACUUCAAGUCCACUUUUGAGUUUCUGCAUUCUGACAAAAUCAUAUUAUGAAAUGCUCGUUAAGACCUAUUAGUGAUGCUGGUAGGCUAAUUUAGACGAGGCAGGCUGUUUUAUCUUCAUUGUAAGGCAGGUGGAAAGUUGCUUUAAGAUCUUAAAAUUUAACCAAUAUCACCAUCUGCUGGACAGAAAAUGAAAUAUAAACUGACAGUUACUGAGAAAGGGAAGUGAAACUUAUUAUUUCUACAUUGCUGAAACGGAGCUGAGACGCCAUUACAGGCUGAAGGAUAUUAAACAUAAAUCUGACGGAUUGUAACCUGAAAUUCAAAGGGACAAACAUUUGGUGAGUCUUGUUGUUAAAGGAUAAUUCACAUAUCUGAGAAAAUGGCUGAAAGAGCUCUUUUGGAAAGUUUCCUGAGCUGCCACGUCUGUUCAGAGACUUUCAGAGAUCCUGUGUCUCUGAGCUGCAGCCACAGCUUCUGUUCAAGCUGCCUGCAGAAAUUCUGGGAACAAACUAAAAACAAAAACUGUCCCAUUUGUAAGACAAAGUCCUCAAUUGAUGAACCAGCUGUAAACCUUUCACUGAAGGAACUGGUUGACUCCUUUGCUGGGAGACAGAAAUCUGGAUCAUCUGAGACCGAAAAAGAAGAAAAGAAAGAAGAGGUUGUGUGUGAUAAACAUCCAGAAGUUCCUUAUUGGUUCUGUGAGGAUGAAGACAAAGUUGUUUGUCCUGUCUGUGAGUUUUCUCUCCACCAGAGUCACAAAGUGGUUCCUGUAGAACAAGCAGUCAGUGACCUGAAGGACCAGCUGACUUUUGACUUUGAUUUUCUGCAGGACAAGAGAGACAAAUAUGAAGAAGUGGAGAAAACAUACAAUGAAAUGACUGAACACUCUAAGAAGCAGCUGUUGUCCACAGAGACACAGAUCAGAGCAGAGUUCAACAAGCUCCACCAGUUCCUGAAAGAGGAAGAGGAGUCCAGACUGGCAGCUCUGAGGAAGGAAGAGGAGCAGAAGGGGAAGACUAUCAGCAGAGAGAUGAAGAGGAUUCAGGAGCAGAUCUCCUCUCUGUCAGACAGUAUCUCUGCUGUUGAAGAAGACCUGCAGAAAGACAACAUGCCAUUCCUCAGCAGUUAUAAAGCCACUCAGACCAGAGCCAGAGUCCAGUGCUCACUGUCAGAUCCACAGCUGCUCUCAGGAGCGCUGAUAGAUGUGGCCAAACACCUGGGCAACCUGUCCUUCAGAGUCUGGGAGAAGAUGAAGGAGAAGGUCCACUUCACUCCUGUCAUUCUGGACCCAAACACUGCAGCCGACUGUCUCUAUCUGUCUGAUGAUCUGACCAGUGUGAGACGUGGAGAGACAAAGCUUCCUGACAAUCCAGAGAGAUUCACUCACUAUGCCAAUGUUCUGGGCUCUGAGGGCUUCAGCUCAGGGAAACACAGCUGGGAGGUGGAGGUGGGAGAUCAUCCUCGCUGGAAUAUAGGUUUGGCUACAGAGUCAGUUGACAGGAAGGAACCGGUACCUGCUUCACCAGAAUAUGGAGUCUGGUGUUUAAUGUGUAGUGAUGGAGAAUACAGUAAUGGAGAUGUUGAGACUCUCAGAGUGAAGAAGAGUCUCCAGAGGAUCAGAGUCCAGCUGGACUAUGACAGGGGGAAGGUGUCUUUCUACAACCCUGAACACAAAAUGACUCACAUCUGCACUCUCAGAGACACUUUCACUGAGAAACUCUUCCCAUGGUUCAGUAUUUGGAACUUUGGUGAUUCUAAAACUGCUGAUAUCAAAAUCUGUCCAACAGAUUUCUCUGUGCUGUUUAGAAACGGUGGUAAGGUUUAACUGAUUCAUCAUGGUCUCUGUUUAUCAUGGUGGUGAUAGAAAGAUAGUUACUUUCUCUACGGAACACGAAUUUUUCGCAACGUAAGUCUCCGGCAUAAUUUCACCAGAGACUCCAUUUAAACUUUAAACAGUAGACACAAGUCUUGUGUAUCGGUGUAUUAAUCCACGUUUCGAUAGGUCCAUAUAGUUUUUUAUCAAUCCCUGUUCAAUGACCAUGAUCAUUUUUGGAGAAAUUCUGAGAUUAUAAUGGGUGUGUAUUGCACGAAAUGUUCGUGUCACAGUGGCAUCAUUGCCAGAGUGUAGAGGGAGAGAAAAAAUUGUCAAAAAAUAAAUUUGAAAACUGUGCUCCAGGCCGCAAAUUCCACUCUACAGAAAUAAUUUAAACAUAGAAACAUAGGUAAAUUUGUCUUCUCACUCACAAUCCUCUGGUAAAGCUGUCAGAGUUAUAGUUUGGGCGUAGGAUGCACAGAUGCGCCACCAACACGCACCAACAGCCUCAUUGGCUCCCAUAUUAAAAACGCAGGAAGAUUUCUGAAAAAGGGAGAUGUAACAGUUUUUUUAGAUCGCUCUAACAAAGCUAUUUUUUCAUUUUUCUGAAAAAAAAAAACAUAUGUAGACGUUCAGGAAGAACUAAGGACGCUCAAAGUGAAGUCGGAUCAAUGAUAGGUAUUAUGGUUUUGCCAAAAAUGCUUUCUGUUCGAGGCCAGAAAUUCCAGUCUGUCCACCUCUGGCUGCUGUCACUCUUCCGGAACAUUCAGGUGGCAGUUCAUUCACACAGGUAACGAUUUAGCGUACACACUCCUCCAGAUACACGUUUAUCUCUCACACACACACAGACACACACUACUUACUAUUGAAUAUUAGAUGAUGUAUUAUGUUCUUUGUUUAUGAUGGUGGUGGGUUGUUUUGUCAAAUUCCAGUUAGUUCCUUUACACGUAACGAUCAUUAAAUGUGGAAGUACAUUCUUUUUCUUUUCUUUUUUUUUUUUUUUACAUCUUAUUAUUGAAUUGAUGUUAACUGAAUAUUUGGUGAUUUUGUUUUGCAUCUAGUUAAAUUGCUGCUGUGAAAUUACUCCAUGACAAGUAAAAGUCCUGCAUUCAAAACCUUAAAAAUUAUAAAAGUAUCAGCAUGAAAAUGUACUUAAAGUAUCAACAGUAAAAGUACUUGUUAUGUAAAAUGGACCCACUCAGAUUGUUUUAUAUAUUCUAAAUAUAUUAUUGUGUGUCAGGAGGACAUAAAGAGUUUCAGUGAUACAGAACAAAAACUUUUUCUUCUUUUACACAAUCUGCAGAGUUGAUUUGGUUACCAAGGUGACAGAAAUGAUUUGCUUAUUGUCUGUACAGUGUGUAAUUAAUUAUUCAAAGUAGUUUUCAUGUAGGUUUUUUCUGUAAUUUCUUGGGAUGUCAUUUAUUUUUUCCAUUUACUUAUUACUGAAUUGAAAUCAACUAAAUAUUUGGUGAUUUUGUUUCAUAUCUACUUAAAUUGCUGCUUUGUUGGCUUCAUCUUUUUUCAAUAAAGUACAUUUUGAUUCACAGAAAA